UGCUCAGCAGCCGCUGUUCAAGUGGCAAGUAAAACGCCUGUAGUAACUAACCGCUACAGCAGGGGGAGCCAUUGCUUAUCAGAUCAUGCUUCUGAGAAUUUGUGUGACAUCAUCGCCAUCUGCUGUGAGGCAGUAGUAUUGCAGGGAUCGCAGAAACAGGACUCUACCAGUUCAGCAUGUCAAACUGCGCAAUGGGGAGUCCUAUUUCCAUACGUGGAAGUACUUCACCCAGUGUUUGACGUGAUUAUGUUUUCGUGGUUUAGAUUUGUAGAAGCUGUUAUUGAUUAAAUUGCUAAACACAUAAGAUAGUCUGCAGAUCUCCAUUUCAAAUUUCCCGCAGUCUAAUUAAAUGAGUUAAUAAUAGUACCAAUAAUUAUUGUCUUGUGUGUAGAAGGUGGAGGGACGAGUGGCUUCAGACAUGGACCUAAAACUCUCAGACUUGCUCCGAUACUACCUGAGGGACUCGCAGGCUGCCAAGGACCUGCUGUACCGCCGGGCUCGCUCGCUGGCAGAUUAUGAGAACGCCAAUAAGGUCCUGGACAAGGCGCGCAUGAAGAACAAGGAGGUGAAGCAGGCAGAGGGGCACCAGCAGCUCUGCUGUCACAGAUUCGAGAAGCUCUCCGGAUCCGCCAAGCAAGGUACUGGCGUUCUGAACGCCUCCCUGCCUGCCAGCUUGUCUGUCUCUCCUUUAAACAAACCAAGGCUCUCCCAUCCAUUAUUUCUUAUCAGCACUCCCAAGUCUAUGGGACUGGGA